AUGGGAAAACGUAAAGGAAAAAGGCAAACUCGUGGUAAGUUAAGAGGUUAUAAAGAAAAUAAUAGUUUCGAAGAUUAUGAUAUUUUCAAUUCCGACAAAUACAAAGAUAAUGAAAAUGAAGUGGAUAAUAAUGAAAAUAAUGAAAACAAUGAAAAUAAUGAUAAUAAUUCAAAUAAUAAUGAUAAUAGAAUUCCGAUGCCACUUUGUAUUCCACAAGGAAAACAAGCAGUUUCACCUGCUGAUAGAUCAAUUGUUCAAAAAUAUGGAUUGGCAGUUGUUGAUUGUUCGUGGGCAAGAUUAGAUGAUAUACCAUUUACCAAGUUAAAAUCACCAAACAAUCGAUUAUGUGAGUGUAAAGCUUUCGCUGCAUGUUUUUAUAUAACAGGAUUUCCAAUAUAUGCCCAACAACUUUUAUCAAAAUUCAAAUGGGGUCACUCUUUCUUUACUGUCAAUGGAGACUUGCUAAACAAAUAUAUAAUGUGUAAGGAUUCAAGUGAAGUUGUUAAAUCUCAAAACGAAUGGUUAGAUAAAAUUAGAGAAGAAUAUGUACAAGUACGUGAGAAUAUAGAUGAUGAUUUGAUGACGAUAUUUGAUAUUUAA